AUGAAGGCCCAUCCAUCUGUUGGAAAGGCCAUCUGGCUAGCCGGCUGUAUUAGGCCCUCGCUAGCACUCAAUGUGCCCUAUGAGGACGGACUGACAAUGGGACAAGGGUAUAAUACUUUCCUCGGUCAAGGUCUACUUCACAAUGCCGUUAUGAUCGGGUCUGCCUCCAAGCGAUCCGAAGAACCUGCCGACAACAACUCGACUGGCAUAUUUGAUUUCACAGAGCCAAAUCCAGUUAUGCCUGGCGUGAGCCUGAAUGAAUACUUUACGGCACCUACGUCGGAGGAGCUUGCCAGGGUCGUUGAGGAGGCAGAAAAAGCUUCAUCUGAUAAGGAGAAAAGGGACGGUGACAGUAAAAUGAUUUCCGACACAAAGAUGACCAUGCCAGGAUGCCCAGCCGAUAUUCGAUCACAGAUUGAAUUUGUAUCCGACUACACGUCUUAUUUGAAGGCUCUUGGCGUAAAUGCGGCAUCAACUAUCUCGGGAUAUGGUCAAUCAGCUUCUGUGUCAGGCGGCUAUCUUGAUGAGUCGACAUUCUCAUCUAAUACCUUGACCUACAUUGCGUCAAUCAGUAUCAACAAACAGCGUCGAUUCUCCGAUGAGACAUUCACAUUCAACACUGAAAAAUAUGAGGCCAACCAAAGACCGUUUCCUACAACCUUUGGGAAUCGCUACAUUCAAGGUUUCGAUAUGGGCGGUAAACUCAUGGCCCGAAUUAUGCUUACCUUUGACGAAUCAUCUAGCAAGGAAGAAAUCAAGGCUACUGCUGAGGCCUCAUUCGGUUUCUGGGGAGUCUCUGGAAACCUUAGUACUGACGUCAAAAACAACCUUGAAAAGUUGAGCAAGAAGGCAAAAGUAACUGUCAACGUCUUUUAUCAAGGCGAUAUCGGUAGACAGCUACAGAGCAAAUCAGACCCUUCCGACAAGUCAAACUCUGCUCAGCAAAUAUUUGAAACGGCCAAAUCAUGGUCAGACACAUUUCUUGAUAUGGCUUGCGGUCAUGAUUACCGUUACGAGGUUCUACUUGAUCGAUACACCAACACUGGAAGCUUCCCCCAGAAUGUGUCGAUACCACACUACACUUCUGCGGGCGCGAUUGCCUACCUGGUCUUGGGGGGGAUGGUCAAGAAUACGGAACUGCGGAAAACUCUACAGAGUCAAGGAGUCUUGAGCCAGGAGGAGGACCUUAGGAUCCAACAGGACGAAAUCGAAUUAAUCGACGCCCAGAAGACAUGGAUUCGAGAAACUGCUAGGGAUCCAAGCAAUGCUCAGAAAACAGCCGAUACACUCUUCAAGCGCUCCAGUGAUUAUUUGAAGAAAUGGACCUCACACCUGGCCCCAGAGUCUCCCUAUGUUGACAUCAAGGCCUUUAACCAGUUUGAAACGCUUAGAGAUCCAGACACAAAGGCCGUGACUACAUAUGACUGCAGCCAGUGGUAUGAAUCGUAUGGUCAAGGCGGCUGGACCUGGUCCAGAUUCCGAGUCUGCGUUCCGGCGCAAACAGAGGUGUUCAAGCUCGCUGUGUUCCGGGAAAGGGGCCAGUAUCUUUGGGGGUCGGCUUGGUAUUGGGAGAAAGACGCCUAUCCUUCCUACGUGACAGCUGGGGUGGACUUGAAGAGAAUCGAUGGCAAGCCGGGUUCUUGGAAGUUCAGCUCGGGUGAGACUACCAGCAAGUCGAUCAACGUCCACGGUAGUCAAGAGAAGCUCCAGCCCGGAAGAUACAAGGUCCUGGCCAACUUUUACCAGAUGGGCCCCUACUGGGAUGAGACACCACUAAGCAAGGUGGUUGACUUUGACAUUACCGUGACUAGAUCAAACUAG